AUGUCCCAAUUAAAGGUUGAUAAUGGGCCGUUGUCUCAUAUUGCGAACAGUGGGCCAGUCUCUAUUAUCGCAUACUGUUUGUCGUCUAUUACCAUGACUGUUACAAACAAAUUUGUUGUGAACUUGGACGAUUUCAACAUGAAUUUUGUCAUGUUGUUUGUGCAAUCUUUGGUCUGUGUGCUCAUGUUGCUUGUGUUGAAGGUUUUGGGGUACGCCAAAUUCAGACCGUUGAACAAAACAGACGCCAAAAACUGGUUUCCUAUCACUCUCUUUUUAGUGUUAAUGAUUUACACCGGCUCCAAAUCGUUGAAAUACUUGGCUGUGCCAAUUUACACUAUCUUCAAGAACUUGACUAUUAUCUUGAUCGCGUACGGAGAAGUUCUCUUUUUCGGUGGUAGAGUCACUGGAAUGGAAUUGUCCUCCUUCUUAUUGAUGGUCCUUUCCUCUGUAGUAGCUACUCUAGGUGACCAACAGGCUGCUGCUUCAAAGGCUGCCGUAACUUCUUUGGAUGAUGUUGCAGGUGCUGCUUCAACUUCAAUUUUCAACAUUGGUUACGUUUGGAUGUUAAUCAACUGUUUCUCUUCUGCUUCAUUCGUGUUGGUCAUGAGAAAGAGAAUCAAGUUAACUAACUUUAAAGACUUUGACACUAUGUUCUACAAUAACGUUUUAUCAUUGCCUGUUUUGAUGAUCUCCUCUUUCCUCGUUGAAGACUGGUCCGCCGCAAAUUUGGCCAAAAACUUAUCAGCAGACUCUGUCACUGCUAUGAUCAUUUCUGGUAUGACCGCUGUUGGUAUCUCCUACUGUUCUGGUUGGUGUGUCAGAGUUACUUCUUCAACUACAUACUCAAUGGUUGGUGCGUUGAACAAGUUGCCUAUCGCCCUAGCUGGUUUAGUCUUUUUUGAUGCACCAAAGAACUUCCUAUCCAUUUUCUCUAUUUUCUUAGGUUUCAUGUCUGGUAUUGUUUACGCAGUUGCUAAACAAAAAAAGAUCCAACAAGCAACACCUGCUAAAUGA